CAUGAGCCAUGGCUGUUGUUUCACCAUGAGCCCAUAACUGUGUGACUCGCCAUGACUGGUACGAUUCGCACGCGCAGCCAGCCAUCGGUGGUGGCCAGCCAUGAAGAAUCAGAUCCCAAACCGCAUCACUGCUCUGGGCAUGUUCGGGGGAUCUUGGCCACACUGCUGGGAGCUUUGAGCCUGGCAAUUGCAGCACUCUUGGUCAAAGUGUGCGCGAAGUCCUUGCACCUUGGCCGAAGCGCCGACAUGGCUCCAGCAGUGUUCAGUCAUAGGCAAUUUUGGUUUGGCAGCUUUUCUCGCGCGUCUCGCGCGUCUUGGACUAGCAUGACCCUGAGACAGCCGGGCUGAGGACACCAUUCUCAGGGUCCAUGUUAGUUUUCAGGAGUGUACCAAUUGAAAGCAUCUGGGAAAGACGCCAACCAGCAAAUGAGAGGGUGUGUCCAACUGUGUCCCACACUCAUUCUUUUAUGCCAUUUCCCUUUGACCACUUGCGACUGUACCACGUUCUUCCAGGCCAGGGUUGCUGCAUGCUCCGCUCGACACACCGUUUGACCCGCUUUGGGAUAGGACCCGCGCGGGUCGAGGAGCACACUAGACAUCCUAUGUGGACGCGCAAUCUUGCAGACCUGCUUUGCCACCUACCCGCAGAGGAGCAGACUUUGUGUGUUUGUUUACUUUUGCUCCGGAUGGGCAGCCUGGAGGAUAUAACGGUAAUAGACCGCAACUUUCAAAGGUUUGGUGACACCUUCCCGAGCGCAAGAUGUCGUAUGACCUGUCAAGCUGGUAGUGCCUAAUAGUUGUGGCUCAGUGUUCAUAUUCAUGGCCCCAGCUUGGCUCCACCAAAAUCAGAUGUGUCCUGCUCCCCUUUUGAAAGAACCGUUUCAGCGCCGAGCUGGAAUCUUCGCUGGAUGACACGAGAUGGACACCCCAUGAGCUGCGUCGAUGGUUUGAAGACGCUGAGGCUUUGCUCGAAGAAUCAUCAUAGAAAGAAUGAUAGAUGGAUCAGCAGGUAUGCUAGAUUGUAUGUUUUUGGAACUGACAACCAUUGCAGGUAUGUGAUGUGUAGAUCCUUAGGGCUGUGAUUGCAUGGUUCUGGCCGGAUCAGAGAUUGAUUGCAAUAAAACACAGAUUCAGGAACAUUUAGGAACAAGGUUUUGGACGAACCGUGGCACACUUGGACGCCAAAUGAUAUAUCCACCGCGCAGCGCCCUGCCAACACGGCUGUUGGAUUUCUGGCACAGCAGGAUUCAUGGUACGCAAAGGGUUUGCAACGAACGGGAUCGGCUUGUUUGAAGCUGCUUCGAUUCAGCACGGAUGUGUCCACACGAUCGCAUCCAACGGGAUUGCCAUUGUCCAGAAUUGACGCUGGCGGAAAAAGAACCAAACGAACCAAUGAGGAAGGCUGAACGAACUUCGAACGAACUUGGAACCUCCUUGCGAAAGUAGAUCACACUCAUCGUGCUGCACCUUUGUCCGCACCAACGUGGUUCCUGUGCGCAAGCUCCGUUCGGUCGAACUGUGCGUUCGAGGUUGGUGUGGUCUUCCUGACCCGCUGCGAGUCUCCUUGGGGCCCGCGAAACUUGCGUGGCUGGUUGAGUCUUCGGGGCUUCCUGGGCUGCUGCGCCGUCGUUUUCUACUUCAUGGGGAUCAUUGCGUUGCCUUUGUCCGACAGCAUCUCAAUCUAUAGCGUCAAGCCCAUCUUCGCCGCGCUUUUGGGCGCAUGUGUCUUAGGCGAGCCCUUGACGUGCAUCCAUGCGAUUGCAACAGGUCUAUCGCUUUGUGGUUGCAUCUUGGUGGCGAAGGAGGAGCACGGAGCAUCCAAAUCCAAGCAUGCGGCAGACCUAUAUUUGGAUCCAGUCAUUGCCGUGGUGCUGCUCCUUUUGGCUGCCCUCAUGGCCGCUGGCACCACCAUCACCACGCGAAAAGUCAUGGCAGGAACAGCGCUGAAAGCCGAAGUGCCUGUGUGGUACUUUUGUUUCAUGGACCUCCUCCUGCUGGGCAUCGCGACUCCAUUUGUGUACGGCACCUCAUUUGGAAAGCGAUCUGGAGACAUUAGCUGGCAGCAUUUGGUCGCCCUCGCAGGCGUCGCGAUUUGCUCCGUCUUGGGGCAGCAACUUUUUACCUUGGGCUUGCGGCACAUCCCUUCGGCCUUGUCUACCUUGCUUUUGCAGAUGGAGACAGUGGAUGCGUUCAUCCUUCAAAUCGUUUUCGUGGGCAAGGUUGGCCCUAUGAGCCUCGUGGGCGCUUCUUUAAUUUGUAUUGGAACUGCUUCACUGGCCCUGUUUGAGUUGCGUGAAACCCGCAGGGAUGCAGAAUCCGAUUCGAGUCCCUUGAGUGGUGAUUCCUGCGGCGCCAGUGGCAGCAUCGACAGCCGCGACCUGGAGUCGCACCCGGUGGGUCAUGCUGUGGAGGAAGAAGCUGAACACCUGAACUGACCCGACCCGAAGACGUCAAUGCGUUUUGCACGGAAAAAGAUGAACCACGGUAUCAAGGUGUUUGAAGGUGUGUAGGAGAACGGUAUGGAGAUGAAGUUGAAUGAAGACGUGCAGCAAUGGUGUGCCUUUUGCUCGCCGACCAUGUGUUUGCCAAUCCGGUCCACGAUUGAUGGCCAUUUAUGGCCCCCCUAAGGGGGGGGGGGCAGGACGGAUCAAAAAAGUUGUCUCUUGCAGGUGACUUUGCUGCUGAUUCAGAGUUGGCUAGAAAACAAGCGUCACGUCGAAGGGUUGCAAGGAGGAGUUUGGACUUGGACAACUAUAUUCAUUCUCGCAGUAUGAUUCUCAGCCAAUAUAGUUUGUUAGAUCUAUCUAUGUUGCACUGGUCUUAGGUAUUCG